AAACAGUUAAAAUUCCAAACAUUUUUACUAGCAGAUCGCAUCCUUUUUUUUUCGUCAAUAGAGUUUUCAUCUUCAGAAAGACCCAGUAGAAAUCACGAGAAAACAAAGCAAAUCCAAGUGGUAGAUCGAAGCGAUGCGGUAUCGAAAGGAAAAAUCCCCCCUCCCCAUAUCGAAAACGAAAUGUGUGAUGCUGUAUUUGAGGUCACAAAUCGACUUGUCAUGCUAGAAGGCCAAGAGCCGCAGUCGUGGCCUCGUUUGCAGGCAAUUUGUCAUGCUGAAGAUGCAAGGCUUCCCCACGUCAACCUGCACUACAGUCCGCAUCUUUUCCCGUGUAGCAUGACAAAGCUGAUUUGUGACAACAAAUCUGCAUCACAGAUUUCCGUUUUGAUAUGGGGAGGGGGAGUUUUUCCUCUCGAUAUGCGGCUGUUCGCCAAGGCCGUCCUGGCCACCACCGCGUGCACCGUCGCCGUGGAUGCGAAGCGCAUGUGGAAAAACAAGGAAUUAUUCCGGGCAAAAACGUCCCCACCCCAAAGUCACGAUGGGGACUUAGCUACACAAACCAACAAGUUUUGGUUGUUGCGCAUGACAAGUUUGGACAAGGAAAAAUCCAGUCGUGAUUACCUAGGUAGUGAAGCCGCAUCACAAAUUGCGCGCGUGCUCCUAAUUCUAGUAUGACAAACUCGUCCCGGAUAGCACUACAAAAAAUUUUUCCCAUGUGGCUGCGCAUGAGACGCAUUUCAGGUACUGCAGAUUUGCAUGACAAGAACUCUGGGGUGGGGACGUUUUCACACGGGAUAGGAAGGCCAGCAAGUGACGAAGAAAACCACCCUUACGACCUAUUACAAUGAAAAGUGCCCCCACCCCAGAACUUGGGAGCAUUUGUAUUGCAAACCUUUCCAAAUGAAACACUCGCCCUCUUGCAUCUAUCAGCAUCACAGGUUUUCAAGCGUGAAUAGCGAAAAUUUGUAUUGCAAAAGAUCCCAGCAGAAGCGGCGGUUGUCAUGCAAGCGAUGCUAUAUACGACUAGACUCUGCAUGUGCGGCAGAAAGAUUCAUACUCCUUUCAUGCAUGACAAAAAGUUUUCAUUUGGAAACUUCGCAUCACAAAUUAUUGCAACUUUGGGGGUGGCGGGGGCAUUUUUCCUUGCAAUACGACCCACACGGCGGAGCACAAGUUGGCUGUUAGCAUGAAAAAGAUCGGGAACAUGCAGAAAAAGUUGGCCCAGAAAUUCGAGAAGGCGCGCUCGCUGGCCAAGCAGAAUAAAAAGAAGCACCACCUGGUCGAGGAGGUGCAGAAGAAGCAGGACCUCCAGGAGCUGCAGCAAACCAUGGUUGUCACCGCGACCGGCUCUCUGCUCGAGCUGAAGGGUGACGAUGACGACGACGAUAUCCUGAGCAAAAACGUCCCCACCCCAAAGCUGUCAUGCAGAUUUGCAUCCACAGAAACGUCUGUAAUGCGCAUCGGCAUUAGAGGAUUUUGUAGUCGUAUUAUUAGAUUUGUAAUGCUCUAAACAGGAUGUGCAUGCGUUUUUGUGAUGCGGCUGUCCUUGCUAAACAACACUAUACUACGGAUGGAAAUUUGUCAUGCACAACUCCCAAAACUUGGAGAUUUGUGUUGCAGAUUUACCAACUUGACAAUGGGGGCGGGACGUUUUUACACAGGAUAGACGACGGUGAUGGUGAUGACGACGACGGUGAUGGUGAUGACGAGGGUGACGGUGACGGUGAUGUAUCAACUGCAUUUAUGUCCGGGUCCGGAAAAACCUUGUAAUGCUGGAAAGGAAAAGUGAAAGCACUGCAAUAUUACGUAGCCAAGCAUGACAAAUUUUUGGGCUGCUAUGUGUUGCGUAUUCCUAUGCGGCAUGGCAGCCCGCGUUCUUCUAGCUCGACAGGCGAGAGGAGGGCCUUUUCGUGGCCAUGUGAUCAUGUCAGACAAGCAUGACAAAUUUGGCAAUCGUCUUCCAGACCCCGACCGGUGUUUGCAAUGCAUAUGAAGAUGAUCAGGACGACGAUGAUGAUGGCGGCGGCGGCGGUGGCGGUGGUCGCUCGGGUCCGGGUGUCGCGCGGUUCUGGUACUCGGUGUUGAUUUAUGCAUUGCAAACAUCGACCUAAUUGAAAGGAGGAACUUCUGAUGCUCAUUUUGCAUGCCUGCAAAAUCUGUGUUGCAUGACGAGCAAAUGCGGCGCUUGUUCGCCAUGCAGAAACGCAGUUUGUAAUGCGUACCGCGUACUACGGAAACAAAAGCUCCACCAAAACUUGUGAUGCUUGGCAGCACUUUGAAGUAAUGGAGCCAUCCAGGGUAGAAGUUCAGCAUCACAGGUUAUUUGUUCCAGAUUCAGAUCGAUGUUUGUAAUGCAUACACACUGCUGUGGUGUGUCCGCCUACGUCUACGCGCUCUGGUACCUGGUCGAAAACUGAGGAGGGUUUUCUCGAACAAAACCAGGAAAAAGGUGUACUUCGUUUCUUACAGACUUUGAAUUUUCGUUUGUUGUCAUGCAUUUCCGUUACGGUAGGGGUAGCUUGACUACAAUAAAUGCAGGAGUACUCUUGUUCAUCAAAAACAAAACGAAAAAACUAUCAGGUCACGACCAGACCGUUUUCACAUCACAAGCAAAGGCAAGGAUUUGACUUGCAGAUCAGGAUUUGAUUUGAAGAUUUUUGACGGAAAAGACAAGUAAAUACGGUGGAGCUAUUAAAAGAGGGGGAAAACGCUACUACCGUAUAAAAAACAAAAAGUACUAUUACCGCCGAAAUUAACCCUGCGGGGUGGAAGAAUAUCAAUAUACUGACCGUUGUUGUGAUCGAUCGCUGCCAAAUAGUUUGUUGUCACUUUACCUUUACUGUUACCUUUUACACCACUAAGUUUGAAUGAAACCAAAAUUAAUUGUAAAAAUUGUUGCUUGAUAUUUGAAUUUGUUAUUGUUUUACACUUGUUCUGCCCACACAGCUUUUUAGUUUUACUGCGCAAGUACUGUAAAAUAGAGUUCACGGUCUUCAACUGCGAAGCAAAAUUAAACGCUACUGGCACGACUUGCGUGCUGGAUGAACACGACCGAAAACGUAUACUACGCACAGGUGGUUGAACAAAUUAUUUGCUGCAGAAGUUUACUUGUGUCAACUUCAUGAACUUCGGCAACAGCUUCCGGAAAAAUCGCGGAUUUUUAGGGGCAGCUACUCGCUUCGACACCUUUUUAUAGUUUGGCAGAACCGCAAUCAUGGUCGAGGCAGUGCUCCUCCGCGGUCUUGUUCACAUCGUCGCACUGGAAAGCGAGGGGGUAAAGGAGAGGAAGAACAAGGUACUUACAAUAUUAAACAAAAA